AUGGCUGAACAGGAAGCGAAGGCACCUCUCAGAUCUCUUCAUUCAGAUGUACCCACAUUUGUCAACUUUGUGAAUAAAUCAAACGGAAAAGCCAGGGCAUGGUGGCUGAAUUUCUCGGGUCAACCUGUCUCAUAUGAUGAUAUAAGUCCAAGUCAUGGACUGAAGAUGAAUACUUUUCUGACUCACCCAUGGAUUUUUAGGAGAAGCGAAACGGGCGAAAAAUUACUCGUUAAUUUUAAUGACGUUUACUUCCCAGCUCCACCUGAGUAUGACGAACAUGGCUUUCCUCAGUAUCGAACCGUCAUUAUCACAACCCCAGUAUACACUCUUCAAGAAUGCUGUUCACAUUUGAUCCGCAAAUUAGUGAAGAAAAAUGACAUCUUGAAGUUGGACAUUCCCGAAUUUUUGAGACAUGACCUCUGCCAGACCCCAGAUUUACACAAAGAAAUCCGUGAUUUAAGCGCAUCAAGACAAACAUAAGUGGUUAUGUAGAAAUCUUACUGAAAAGUUUCAAAAAGACUUAAAAAAUUACUCUAAGUUAGCAGUGUUUC